AUGUUUUACGCACAUAUCGUGCUGGCUAAGAAGGGCCCAUUGGCCCGGAUUUGGUUAGCGGCUCAUUGGGACAAGAAGAUCACGAAGGCACACGUUUUUGAAACAAACAUUGAGCAGAGCGUGGACGGCAUCAUGCAGCCGAAAGUAAAGUUGGCGCUGCGUACUUCCGGCCAUCUACUGUUGGGAGUAGUGCGCAUUUACGCCCGGAAAGCCAAAUAUCUGCUUGCCGAUUGUAAUGAAGCGUUCGUGAAGAUAAAGAUGGCUUUCCGCCCAGGAAUGGUGGAUCUGCCUGAAGAGCAUCGGGAAGCAGCUGUGAACGCGAUUACGCUGCCGGAAGUGUUUCACGAUUUCGAUACGCCACUGCCGGAGUUGAAUGACGUCGACAUCGAAGCACAUUUCUCCAUAAAUCAAUCCCGUGCAGAUGAGAUUACGAUGCGCGAAGACUAUGGCACUCUCCCUUUAAACAUACACGAUGAUGGUUUCGGUGAUAUGGGCUUUGAUGAUACGCCCGACAUGGUUCGCGAUCGUAUGGACGAUCAGAUGGAGGAUGAUCUGUUCACAGACACCGUAACGCGCCCUCCAGAUUUAGAACAGGAUAAGGAACCAUUGCCAGGAACUUCUCGAUCUCUCUUAGAUUCCAUCGAUCCGCACCAUCCGCACGGAGACGAUGAUAACUUUGGUGAUGAGGAUUUUGGUGGUCAACCUGCUGCUGGUUUGUUCGAAGGAGAUAUAUUCGCAGAUGCACCGCUCGCUCCAGAACCGGAACUUCCUACUGCCGUUACUCAACGGCGAGAUGAUUCCGAUGAUGACGAUGACGACCAUUUCGACAUGGGCGGUGCACCAUCACCAGCACCAAGCACAGACAAUUCUCGGCCUCCCACACCCAUAACGAGCAACGCAUUGUUAGACGGUGAACCACAGCCCGGUACGAGUAAGGAUACGGCAGGUUCACAGGGUCAGCAAUUGCAUCCAGAAACCGGUCUUCUUGUUGUCAGUAAUCGUGAUGAUGGUGAAGAAGGCAUGGGUUGUAAUGAUGGGCAUCCAGAUCAAACAACGCUACUCAAUAACGAGGAAGAGAGUUUCGCCCUAGCGCCAGUCGAUGCGACAGCCUUGAAAGGAACGACAAAAUCGAAGCGGAAACGAAAGUUGAUUGUUGAUGAGGUGAAGAACAUAUCGGGGGAAGAGAUGAAGAGCCAGCUCGCCAACACGUCUGAUAUUGUAACAACAUUAGAUUUGGCCCCGCCUACGAAGCGGUUAAUGUAUUGGAAAGAAACCGGCGGUGUUGAAAAACUCUUUGCUCUUCCCUCGCGUGACAUUCCGGCACGAUGCUUGUUUAAAAAUUAUCAGCGUCACCUUACCUCCCGAUCGAUUGGUAUCGAAGACUUUGCGGUACUGGCUCCGUUAGACGUACUUGGUGUGGAAUUACCGGUGGAACGUGCGGAAUCUCCUGUCCCGGUUGUACCAACAAAGCGCGGUCGAAAGCGGAAACAGCAGCCGGAGGCGGCAUCAACCCAGAGCUAUUUAGAACAAUCGGCGAGUGAUCAGAUGCGUAAUGUUGCUGGUGAGAUGGCACCUCCGACUCCGGCUUCAAUAGAAAUACGUGAGGAUGGGUUGGGAGCGGAUUCAUCCUCGUUCAUGCCACCUCCUGCGACCCCGGGUCUGAGUCAGUUGACCAGUCCAAACCAUCAGAGUCAUCUAAUGCCGCCUACCCCAGGACUACCAACCAUCCCGAUGACUCCCGGGCAGCUUGAUCAUGGUGGUUUGACACCAGCAGGUCUGGGUCAUGGUGGUGAGCUGACGCCGGUGGGACUUUCUCACGGGGGACUUACCCCGAGCGAUCUGCAUCACGGUGGUCUUACACCGGCGGGAUUACAGCAUGGUGAUCUCGGCAGUGGCAUGACUCCACACGGAUUAGAUCACGGUGGUAUGACACCUCAUCAUGCUUCACUGGAAAAUAUUGAUCAAAUUCCAAACCUGCCCGCCGACCAAGUUUCGUCCAUCCUUAAUGAACCGGGAAUGGAAGGAUUUUCAAACAUGGGAUUCGAUGGCAAUACGUCGGAGGAAAUAGCCAACGAUUGGAAUGGGGACUAUGAGUUCCCGUCUUCGGUCGGUGCAACGCAUCCAAAUGAGGAGCAGCAAGUCGACGAAACGAUCGAACAGUUUGAGGAGCGUGUACUGAACAAACGAGCAGCACAAAUGUUCCUCUCAGUGAAGUCUCGAUUACUGAAGGCCGAUCAUAUGAUGCUGUCUGAAAUGACGCAUCGAAACAAUAAGAAACAGGCUGCUCAAAAGUUCUACUCGCUUCUAGUGUUGAAAAAGUUCAAGGCGUUGGAAAUCUCGCAGAAACAACCGUACGCCGACAUCAUCGUCACGAGGGGCCCGAUGUUCGAUAAUCCGAAGCUGUAA